AGAGUUGGUUGAGAAGUGCUUCUUGGCUAACAAUUAAGCACAAGGGAAAAUCCAGCAGAAAUAGAAGAACUGUGGGUUUUUCACCCCAAACUCCAAAGAAGCUAUGCCCUGAAAAACCUACGGACCCACAGACACGCCGCAAGUUGGACGGGGCAUCAAUUCUUCCUUUGAGGAAUAGAGAAAAAAAGGAAGAAGCCUGUCAUUCAGAGUGUUUGAAGGAUGGCCUCCCAGUUCCACCAGCUUCGGAUCCUGGUUUGGAAAAAUUGGCUGGGUGUCAAAAGGCAACCGCUUUGGACACUUGUCUUGAUCCUAUGGCCAGUCAUUAUUUUCAUAAUUUUGGCUAUCACUCGGACCAAAUUUCCUCCAACAGCAAAACCAACUUGUUAUCUCGCACCUCGAAACCUUCCCAGCACUGGAUUCUUCCCGUUCCUGCAAACCUUACUCUGUGACACAGACUCGAAAUGCAAAGACACACCGUAUGGGCCACAAGAUAUGCUUCGAAGGAAAGGCUUCAGUUACUCACUGUUUGAUGACAGUGAACUUCUGAGAAAGUCAUCUAACUUGGAGGACAGCAAUUUAUCACUCCAGAGCACCCAAGCUCCAGAAAGAAGGCAUGCCUCACUGGCCACAGUAUUUCCCAGUCCAAGUCCUGAUUGGGAAAGUAUUGGAAGAGAUAUUUUCAAUGGCACUCAAGUGCUUGCACGAAUCCUUGGAUUGGAAAAGCUAUUAGAGCAAAAUUCAACUUCAGAAGAUAUACGAAGAGAGCUGUGUGAGAGCCAUCCCGGGUACGUCGCAGACUACGCCUUCUCUUGGACCACUCUAGGAAAAAAUGUUUUAAACAAAUUCUGCCUUUCCAACAUGACUCUUCUAGAGUCUUCUCUCCAAGAACUAAAAAAGCAGUUCUCUCAGAUAUCAAGUGACCCCAACAAUCAGAAGAUAGUGUUUCAAGAAAUGGUCAGAGCGUUGUCCUUCUUCUCCCAAGUGCAAGAGCAGCGAGCUGUGUGGCAGCUUCUCUCCAGCUUUCCAGAUGUGUUUCAGAAUAAUGUAUCACUAAGCAAUCUAUUUGAUGUUCUUCGAAAGGCAAACAGUGCGCUGCUGGUGGUACAGAAGGUUUAUCCACGUGUCGCAACUAACGAAGGUUUCAGAACCCUCCAGAAGUCUGUUAAACAUCUGCUGUACACUCUGGACUCCCCAGCUCCAGGUGACUCUGGUAAUAUAACGCACAUGUGGAGCGAGGAUGAUGGACAGAUACUUUCUCCAGGCAGUCUGGCUGCACAGCUCCUAAUCCUGGAAAACUUUGAAGACGCCCUCUUAAAUAUAUCAGCAAACAGUCCUUAUGUUCCUUACUUGGCCUGUGUGAGAAAUGUGACUGACCACCUGGCCACAGGGUCACAAGAAAAUAUAAGACUCCUUCAGUCCACAAUUCGAUUUAAAAAAUCUUUUCUUCGAAAUGGUUCCUAUGAGGAUUACUUCCCUCCGGUUGCUGAAGUCUUAAAAUCAAAACUGUCUCAACUUCGAAACUUGACCGAACUUCUUUGCGAAUCUGAAACUUUCACUGUGAUGGAGAAAACAUGCCAUCUUUCCAAUCUGAGCUUUGGGAGCCUGUGUGAAAACGGUGCCUUUGAUCUGCAGCUCCUCGAAGCAGCAGAGCUGGGCACUGAAAUAGCAACCAGCUUCCUCUACCAUGACAAUGUCAUAUCUAAGAAACUGACAGAUUUACUGACUGGGGAUCCAAGCAAAAUCAAUUUAAAUAUGGAUUGGUUUCUUGAACAGACCCUGCAGAUGAAAGCCUUGGAAAAUAUCACACAGUUAAUACCAACCGUAGAAGCCAUGCUGCAUGUCAAUAACAGUGAAGAUGCUUCUGCCAAACCAGGUCAGUUAAUAGAAAUGUUUAAAAAUGUUGACGAGCUGAAAGCAGAACUGAGGAGAACAACAGGAAUGUCCAACAGCAGUAUUGACAAGUUGCUGGCCCUUCCCAUCCCUGAUAACAGAGCCAAGAUUGUUUCUCGGGUGUUCUGGUUGCAUUCUUGCGAUGUUAAUGCUACCAAUCCCGAACUAGAAGAUGCAGUGAAGGAAUUCUGCAGCCUGCCUUUUGCAGAAAGAUCACAUCAGUCUUACCUCAUCGGACUCACUUUUCUGCACUACUUAGACGUUUAUAACUUCACAUACAAGGUGUUUUUCCCUAGGAAAGAUCAAAAGCCAGUAGAAAAGAUGAUAGAACUCUUCAUGAGACUGAAGGAGAUUCUCAAUCAGAUGGCUUCGGGCACACAUCCGCUGCUAGACAAGAUGAGAUCCCUGAAACAAAUGCAGCUGCCCAGAAGUGUUCCAUUAACACAGGCAAUGUACAGAGGUGACCGAAUGAACACCCCCCAGGGAUCAUUUAGAACCAUUUCCCAAGCAUUGUGUUCCCAAGGAAUCACCACGGAAUAUUUAAUUGCCAUGCUACCCUCUUCCCAGAAGCCAAAGGGAAACCACACCAAGGAUUUUCUGACUUACAACUUAAGCAAACAGCAAAUCGCUUCAAAAUAUGGAAUUCCCCUGGAUACCACACCAUUUUGCUUCUCUCUUUACAAAGACAUCAUUAACAUGCCUGCGGGACCUGUGAUUUGGGCUUUCUUGAAACCGAUGCUGCUGGGAAGGAUUUUAUAUGCACCAUACAACCCGGCUACAAAGGCAAUAAUGGAAAAGUCCAAUGUAACGCUAAGGCAGCUGGCGGAAUUAAGAGAAAAAUCUCAAGAGUGGAUGGAUAAGUCACCACUUUUCAUGAAUUCCUUCCACCUGUUAAACCAGGCAAUUCCAGUGCUCCAGAAUACUCUAAGGAACCCCUUUGUGCAAGUUUUUAUAAAAUUCUCCGUGGGACUUGAUGCUGUUGAACUGUUGAAACAGAUAGACGAACUCGAUGCUUUACGGACAAAAUUAGAGAACAACAUUGACAUCAUUGAUCAGCUGAACACACUAUCUUCCCUGACAGUAAAUAUUUCCUCUUGUGUAUUAUAUGACCGUAUUCAGGCAGCAAAAACCAUAGAUGAAAUGGAGAGAGAAGCCAAAAGGCUCUACAAAAGCAAUGAACUCUUUGGAAGUGUUAUUUUUAAGCUUCCUUCUAACAGAAGUUGGCACAGAGGCUAUGACUCUGAAAAUGUCUUUCUGCCUCCUGUCGUAAGAUACACCAUCCGCAUGAGUCUCAAGACUGCGCAGACCACAAGAAGCUUAAGAACCAAGAUUUGGGCCCCAGGGCCUCACAAUUCUCCAUCACACAACCAGAUCUAUGGCAGGGCUUUUAUUUAUUUACAGGAUAGUAUUGAAAGAGCAAUUGUGGAAUUGCAAACUGGAAGAAACUCACAGGAAAUAGCAGUCCAGGUCCAAGCAAUUCCUUAUCCCUGCUUCAUGAAAGACAACUUCCUAACCAGUGUCUCUUAUUCUCUUCCCAUCGUGCUGAUGGUUGCCUGGGUUGUGUUCAUAGCUGCUUUUGUAAAAAAGCUUGUUUAUGAGAAAGACCUCCGGCUUCAUGAGUACAUGAAGAUGAUGGGUGUGAACUCCUGUAGCCACUUUUUUGCCUGGCUUAUCGAGAGUGUUGGAUUUUUACUAAUUACCAUUGUGAUCCUCAUCAUUAUACUCAAGUUUGGCAAUAUUCUUCCCAAAACAAACGGGUUCAUUUUGUUCCUGUACUUUUCGGACUACAGUUUCUCAGUCAUUGCCAUGAGCUAUCUCAUCAGUGUCUUCUUCAACAACACCAACAUUGCCGCUCUCAUCGGAAGCCUCAUCUACAUCAUUGCCUUCUUUCCGUUUAUUGUUCUGGUCACAGUUGAAAAUGAGUUGAACUAUGUCAUAAAAGUGUUCAUGAGCCUGCUGUCCCCAACCGCAUUCAGUUAUGCAAGCCAGUACAUUGCACAAUAUGAAGAACAGGGCAUCGGUCUUCAGUGGGAGAAUAUGUACAGCUCCCCAGUUCAGGAUGACACCACCUCGUUUGGCUGGCUGUGCUGCCUAAUCCUAGCUGACUCGUUCAUUUAUUUCCUUGUUGCUUGGUACGUCAGGAACGUUUUCCCAGGGACAUAUGGGAUGGCAGCUCCAUGGUACUUUCCAAUCCUUCCAUCCUACUGGAAGGAGCGGUUUGGGUGUGCCGAGGUGAAGCCUGAGAAGAGCAAUGGCCUCAUGUUUACGAACAUCAUGAUGCAGAGCACCAACCCAUCUGCCAGUCCUGAGCACAUGUUCCCUUCCAACAUUGAGCCUGAGCCUAAAGAUCUCACAGUCGGAGUCGCCCUGCAUGGGGUUACAAAGAUCUAUGGCUCAAAAGUUGCUGUUGAUAACCUCAAUCUGAACUUUUAUGAAGGGCAUAUUACCUCAUUGCUGGGGCCCAAUGGAGCCGGCAAAACUACUACCAUUUCCAUGUUGACUGGGCUAUUUGGGACUUCAGCAGGCACCAUCUUUGUGUAUGGGAAAGACAUCAAAACAGACCUGCACACGGUGCGGAAGAACAUGGGGGUCUGCAUGCAGCACGACGUCUUGUUCAGUUACCUCACCACCAAGGAGCACCUGCUCUUAUAUGGGUCCAUCAAGGUUCCUCACUGGACUAAGAAGCAGCUCCAUGAGGAAGUAAAAAGAACUUUAAAAGAUACAGGACUGUAUAGCCAUCGCCAUAAGAGAGUUGGAACAUUGUCGGGAGGAAUGAAGAGGAAGUUGUCUAUAUCCAUAGCACUCAUCGGCGGAUCAAGGGUAGUCAUUCUGGAUGAACCAUCCACUGGUGUUGACCCAUGUUCUCGCCGAAGCAUAUGGGAUGUUAUAUGCAAGAACAAAACUGCAAGGACAAUCAUUCUGUCGACGCACCACUUGGACGAGGCAGAAGUGCUGAGUGACCGCAUCGCCUUCCUGGAGCAGGGCGGGCUCCGGUGCUGCGGGUCCCCGUUUUACCUCAAGGAAACAUUUGGGGAUGGGUAUCACCUCACGCUGACCAAGAAGAAGCGUCCAAAUCUAAAUGCAAAUAUGGUAUGUGACACCAUGGCUGUGACAGCAAUGAUCCGAUCGCACCUCCCUGAAGCCUACCUCAAAGAGGAUAUUGGCGGAGAGCUUGUUUAUGUGCUCCCUCCAUUUAACACCAAAGUCUCAGGAGCCUACCUCUCACUCCUACGAGCACUGGACACUGGCAUGGGUGACCUCAACAUCGGGUGCUACGGCAUCUCAGACACCACCGUGGAAGAGGUCUUUCUAAACUUGACAAAGGAGUCACAACAUAACAGUAACAUGAGUCUUGAGUACUUAACACAGAAGAAAAUUGGAAAUUCCAGUACCAAUGGCAUCUCAACCCCUGACGAUUUAUCUGUGAGCAGCAGCAAUUUCACAGACAGAGACGACAAAAUCCUGACAAGAGGAGAGCGGUUGGAUGGUUUGGGGCUGUUACUGAAGAAGAUACUGGCCAUACUCAUCAAGAGAUUCCACCACACCCGCAGGAACUGGAAAGGCUUCAUUGCCCAGGUGAUCCUCCCCAUCGUCUUUGUGACCACGGCCAUGGGCCUUGGCACGUUAAGAGAUUCCAGCAACAGUUAUCCAGAGAUCGAGAUCUCCCCCUCUCUUUAUGGCACCGCCGAACAGACAGCCUUCUAUGCGAAUUCUCAUCCAAACACAAAGUCACUGGUCUCAGCAAUGUGGAACUUCCCCGGCAUUGACAACGUGUGUCUGAACACCAGUAAUCCACUGUGUUUAAAGAAAGGCAGUCUGGGAAAAUGGAACACCAGUGGAGAACCUAUCACUAAUUUUGGUGUUUGUUCCUGCUCAGAAAAUGUCCAGGAAUGCCCUAAAUUUAGCUAUUCCCCACCUCAUAGAAGAACUUACUCCUCCCAAGUAAUUUAUAACCUCACAGGACACCGUUUGGAAAAUUAUCUUAUAUCGACUGCUAACGAGUUUGUCCAAAAAAGAUAUGGAGGUUGGAGUUUUGGGCUGCCUUUGACUAAAGACCUUCAGUUUGAUAUAACACCGAUUCCUGCCAACAGAACACUUGCCAAGGUAUGGUAUGACCCAGAAGGCUAUCAUUCCCUUCCAGCUUACCUCAACAGCCUGAAUAAUUUCCUCCUGCGAGUUAACAUGUCCACAGAGGAUGCCGCCCGACACGGCAUCAUCAUGUACAGCCACCCGUACCCAGGAGUGCAAGACCAAGAACAAGCCACAAUCAGCAGUUUAAUCGAUAUUUUAGUGGCACUGUCCAUCCUGAUGGGCUACUCUGUCACCACCGCCAGCUUUGUCACCUAUGUCGUAAGGGAACAUCAAACCAAAGCCAAACAAUUGCAACACAUUUCAGGCAUCGGUGUGACAUGCUACUGGGUAACAAACUUCAUUUAUGACAUGGUCUUCUACUUAGUGCCUGUAGCAUUUUCGAUCGGUGUCAUCGCAAUCUUCAAGUUACCUGCCUUCUAUAGUGAAAGCAACCUCGGCGCUGUAUCUCUCCUGCUUCUCCUGUUUGGUUAUGCAACAUUUUCUUGGAUGUACUUGCUGGCUGGGCUCUUCCAUGAAACAGGGAUGGCCUUCAUCACUUAUGUCUGUGUCAACUUGUUCUUUGGCAUCAAUUCCAUUGUUUCCCUGUCAGUGGUGUACUUUCUUUCCAAGGAAAAGCCUAAUGAUCCGACUUUAGAACUUAUCUCUGAAACCCUCAAGCGCAUUUUCCUGAUUUUCCCACAAUUCUGUUUUGGCUACGGUUUGAUCGAACUUUCCCAGCAGCAGUCAGUCCUGGACUUCCUGAAAGCAUACGGAGUGGAGUACCCGAGUGAAACCUUUGAGAUGAAUAAGCUGGGCGCAAUGUUCGUGGCCUUGGUCUCUCAGGGCACCAUGUUUUUUCUCUUGCGACUCUUGAUCAAUGAGUGGCUGAUAAAGAAACUCAGGCUCUUCUUCAGAAAAUUUAAUUCUUCACCUGUAAUGGAGACAAUAGAUGAAGACGAGGACGUGCGGGCUGAGAGGCUGAGAGUCGAGAGCGGGGCAGCUGAGUUCGACCUGGUCCAACUCCAUCGUCUCACGAAGACCUACCAGCUUAUCCACAAAAAGAUUAUAGCUGUGAACAACAUUAGCAUCGGGAUACCCGCUGGAGAAUGCUUUGGCCUUCUUGGGGUGAAUGGAGCAGGAAAGACCACCAUAUUCAAGAUGCUGACCGGAGACAUAAUUCCUUCCAGUGGAAACAUUCUGAUCAGAAAUAACACUGGAUCUCUGGGUCAUGUUGACUCUCACAGCUCAUUAGUUGGCUACUGCCCUCAGGAAGAUGCUUUAGAUGACCUGGUAACUGUGGAAGAACAUUUGUAUUUCUAUGCCCGAGUACAUGGAAUUCCAGAAAAAGAUAUUAAAGAAACUGUUCACAAACUCCUUAGGAGGCUCCACCUGAUGCCCUACAAGGACAGAGCUACCUCUCUGUGCAGUUACGGCACAAAGAGGAAACUAUCCACGGCGCUGGCCUUGAUAGGGAAACCUUCCAUUCUGCUGCUGGAUGAGCCAAGCUCUGGGAUGGAUCCUAAAUCAAAACGGCACCUCUGGAAGAUCAUUUCAGAGGAAGUACAGAACAGAUGCUCUGUCAUCCUCACAUCUCACAGCAUGGAGGAAUGUGAAGCUCUCUGCACCAGGCUGGCCAUUAUGGUGAACGGAAGGUUCCAGUGUAUCGGCUCUUUGCAGCACAUAAAGAGCAGGUUUGGACGGGGAUUUACUGUCAAGGUUCACUUUAAAAAUAACAAUGUGAGCAGAGAGACCCUCACCAAGUUCAUGCAGCUGCACUUUCCGAAAACAUACUUAAAAGAUCAGCACCUUAGCAUGCUGGAGUAUCAUGUACCUGUCACAGCGGGAGGAGUAGCAAACAUUUUUGAUUUGCUGGAAACCAACAAGACUGCUUUAAAUAUUACAAAUUUCCUAGUGAGUCAGACCACUCUGGAAGAGGUUUUUAUCAACUUUGCCAAAGACCAAAAGUCCUACGAGACUGUCGACACCAGUAGCCAGGGAUCCACUAUCAGCACUGACUCACAGGAUGACCACAUGGAGUCGUAACACUUCCAGCAAACUCCAUCUGAGCCCAAGGCCAAUGACUUCAUUUUGAGAAAAAGCUCUAGAAGUUACCACUUCCUCAGAAUGUCUUCACUUUAAAGUAUUAUUCUGUAUGGAGAGCUACCAUAGUGUAAGACUAGCAAGUAAUUAUAACUAGAAAGGUUCUUCCUUCUAAGGUCAGUAGAUGUUUUUGCUGCUGAAAUGAAUCCCUGUACACUCAUUACUCUGAGUGUGCCAACAUAUUUGGUGGAGAUUCUUAGGCAAAGGUGAAACCACAUCAAAAUAAGUGUCUUAAUUUAUUACUUUCAAUAAAAAGAAAGCUUAAAAGGCAUGGAGAUGAGUAGUUGGAAAGUUACGAGUGGAGAGAAAAAGGAAGAUGCUUUGUGGUAGGUAGGGUUGGGUAAACAAAUGAAAUAAUUUAUUUCCAGAAAAAUAACAGAAUGGGAAUCCCCCUGAGUACAUGACUCUGCUGUGACAUGUAAUGUGCUCCAGGCCAGUUAACAUUCGCAGAGCACUGGGUACAAUGGCUGCAUCAUAUGUUGCAUGUCAUUUUCAGUACCUGGGAAUACAUGGGGACCUAUGCAAAAAGUGCCUUUCCACAAGUAUGUGAUGGAGACGGCAGUUUACCCCGGUGGUAAACAGAAUUUAGAUUCAUUUCUGCCACGCCUUGCUGAUCGAUAGGAAGGUGUAAGGUGGAGCAAGAAGCUACUUAUACUUUGCGGGGCAGAGUGGAGGGCAGAAAUGGGGUGUCAUCUGGGCAUACACGAAUCCUGAAAAGAGAAUUCACAUGCUGCUGGCAGGCAACACUUUUUUAAACAGAAACCCUCAUAUUCUGGGUUUCUUCUCAGGAAACUGUCCUGUAAAGGAAGAAUGAAUAUGAAAAGAAUUUUCAGCUAAUUACCUGGCUGACCCAGAAUUGUGUGAAUGGCUGUAGGGUAGACUUAACAAUGCCAGUGACACGGCCCUCCGUGCUCUACAUCCCAUUUGUGUGCGUGUCUGUGUGUGUGUCUAUACAAGUUUGCCAGCUUUGGCAUGAGUGUUUCCGUUUCAAAAAUCAAUAAACUCAAAGUUUAAAAAAA